GACCCCGAAAGGAUGAAAGGCAAAGUCGACCUCGGCGGAAUUUGAACUCAGAACGUAGCGGCAGACGAAAUACUGCUAAGCAUUUCGCCCGGUGUGCUAACGAUUCUACCAGCUCGCCGCAGAGCUUAUACCAUCAGAUACCAACUGUGUUCAGUAACCAAUGGAAACAUAGCAGUUCAAAAUAUAAUAUAUAAACAAAAAGAAGAGAAGCAUUUGCAUAUUUUAAAGCAAGAAGGAAAAUGGAAAAUGAAUUAUGUGAGAACCAGAUUCAAUGUAAGACUCAACCUGAAGGCAUUGGCUUUAGCGAUGGUAUAAAGAAAGAGGAUGGGAAAGCAUCACAUCAGUAUGAUAUCUGUGGUAAAUCAUUCUCUGAAGAAGGUUACCCAACAAAUUACAAAUAUAUUCAUACGAGAGAGAAGCCGUAUCAUUGUGUUAUCUGUGGUAAAACUUUUUUUGGAAGCAGUGGCUUAACUAUCCACAUGCAGGUUCAUACGGGAGAGAAACCAUAUCACUGUGAUAUCUGUGGUAAAUCAUUCUCUCAAAAUGCUCACUUGACUAAACACAAACACAUUCACACGAGGGAGAAGUCGUAUAACUGCGGCAUCUGCGCUAAAUCUUUCUCUGGAAGUAGUGACUUGACCAAACACAUACGCAUUCACACAGGAGAGAAACCAUAUUGCUGCACUGUCUGUGGGGAAUCAUUCUCUCAAAGCAGCAACUUAGCUCGACACUAUUAUACUCAUACAGGAGAGAAGGCAUAUCACUGUGAUAUCUGUAACAAGUCAUUCUCUCGAAAUACUGACUUGGCUACACAUAAACGUAUUCAUACGGGAUUGAAGCCAUAUCGAUGUGAUAUCUGUGACAAAUCAUUCUCUCUGAAUCACCACUUGACUACUCACAAAUAUAUUCACACAGGAGAGAAACCAUAUCAGUGUGAUCUUUGUAGUAAAUCAUUCUCUCAAAAAAGUCACUUAACCAGACAUAUAUGUAUUCAUGCGACAGUGUAGUGGUUUCACUGUUUAUUCAUCAUCAUCAUCAUCGUUUAACGUCCGCUUUCCAUGCUAGCAUGGGUUGGACGGUUCAACUGGGGUCUGGCAAGCCCGAAGGCUGCACCAGGCCAGUCAGAUCUGACAGUGUUUC